UAUUUAAAAAUAUUAAAAUGGAGACUCAAGUAUUGCCGCCCAUAAAAAUUAAUAAUCCAGCUCCAACUGUCGAGCAAAUCAACGCGGACAGGAUAACUCAGCUUGCAAAUAAAUAUUGGGCACCUCAUACCUCCGAUUCGCAUCUUUCCUUCAGUGCUCAAAUAGCUGAUGACAUUUACGUCGAAGAGAUAUGCGUAUCAAAAUUUUCCAUACGACGUAUAAUGAUGCUUGAGUUUAGUCAAUAUUUAGAAAAGUACCUUUGGCCUAAUUACAACGCUCAGACUGCUACAAGAGCGCACACCAUGUCCAUUGUUGUUAUGGUAAAUGAGAAAUUUCGCGAGCGGGUACAAGUGUGGGAGGCAUUUGAAAAACUGCCAAACCAAUUUCCAGGUUUUUUUCAACAUGUUUUAGAAGCUUGCCUAGAAGAAAGUAUACACGACUAUGAUUUGAGAGAACAGACAGCUUUGAUUGUUUUUUUAAAUCAUUGCUUCAAUUCGAUGGAGGUUGCUCUUGUACGUGAACAAGUUAGAAGACUUGUAUCGUUAUCUAUAUGGAUAUCACUGCAACAAGGUAGAAGAGAACUUGAAUUCAAAAAGUACCCAAAGUGGCGAAAAUAUUGGAAAGCAAUUUUUAAAAAAGAGAGACCAGAUAAUAAAGAUAAGCUAGAAUGGGAGCGUAAAUUUUUACACAGAUUGAUGAUUAAGUUUAUGACAAUUUUAGAGACUAUAACGUUGGAAGGACUCACGAAUCCGGAUAAAGUUCAUUAUUGUGAGCGUUUUUUGGAAUUAAUGAUAGACUUAGAAGCUCUUUUACCAACUAGACGAUAUUUCAAUACCGUUAUGGAUGACUGUCACUUGGUUGUUAGAUGUCAGUUAUCAAAUUUAUUACAACGGCCAGAAGGAGGACUAUUUGGACAACUCCUGGAGAUGUUGAAAUUUUAUGCCAGAUUCGAAAUAAGCGAGGAAACGGGCGAUCCACUUACGGACUACGAUAUGACGCAGAUACAUUAUACAAAAAUUACUUCCUUGCAAAAGGCCGCAUUCGCCAAAUUUCCCGAUCUUCGAUCCUUUGCGCUCGCCAAUGUCGCCAGUGUAAAUAAUCGGGAUGCUCUAUUCAAGCAUUUUGGCUACCUUAGCCAAGAGAAACUUCGGUCCAUAGCGAGCUACUUAAAUUUAGUUCCACCAAUAGAACGUGAAAAGGAUGAGAAUUGGUACAGGCUGGAUUUGGACUUUCUGCGAGAGUUGCUUAUCUCGCGACAUGAGAGACGAGCCUCUCAGCUGGAGGAGCUGAACGAAAUGCCUCUCUACCCGACGGAGGAGGUCAUCUGGAACGAAAGCAUAGUGCCAACGGAGUACUUUUCUGGAGAAGGAUGUCUCGCACUGCCGAAGCUCAAUCUUCAGUUUCUCACGUUACACGAUUACCUGCUAAGGAAUUUCAAUCUCUUUCGACUGGAGUCCACGUAUGAGAUUCGACAAGAUAUCGAGGAUGCAGUGAGUCGACUUAGUCCAUGGCGAGCGGAGGACGGGGGCGUUUAUUUUGGCGGUUGGGCGCGCAUGGCUCAACCUAUUACGCAGUUCGCUGUGGUGGAAGUGGCCAAGCCAAAUAUCGGUGAGAAGCGGCCUUCGAGAGUCCGUGCCGACAUCACAAUAAACCUUAGCGUUCGGAAGGAAAUCAAGUCGGAGUGGGAAAAUCUCAGGAAGCACGAUGUCUGCUUCCUCAUUACCGUGAAGCCAGAAAAUCCAAUUGGCACCAAGUACAAUCACAAACUGCCAUUCGUACCCCAGGUCGGGCUGACGACAGUCCGUGGAUGCGAGGUCGAGGGCAUGCUAGACUCGAACGGGCGCGUGAUCGAGGAUGGGCCGGAACCCCGACCGAUCCUCCCCGGCGAGAGUCGCACCUACCGUGUCUGGCUCGACUCCAACCAGUACCGCAUCGACAUGGACAACGCCAGCCACGGUCGCGAGGACGUGUACGAGAGCUUCAACAUCAUCAUGCGUCGUAAGCCCAAGGAGAACAAUUUCAAGGCCGUCCUCGAGACGAUACGCGAGCUGAUGAACACGGAGUGCGUAGUCCCGGAUUGGCUGCACAAUAUUAUAUUGGGAUACGGUGACCCGGGCGCAGCACAGUACUCCAGGAUGCAAGACGAGAUCGCGACAAUGGAUUUUAACGAUACGUUUUUGGAUGCUGAUCAUUUGGGCUCAAGCUUUCCUGGAUACGAGUGCCAAAUGACGGAGAGUGAUCCGGAAAAACUCGUUAGGCCCUUUCGAUUGAUCUUCGAGGAUGUGCUUUGUAAACAAAAUAACAAAGAAGAACGGAAGGUCAUAACUGUGCAGCCGCAUGUACCGCCUAGUCGAGGUCCUUACAAGGCUAACGAACCAAAAAAAAACCAAAUUCCAUUCACGCCGACGCAGGUAGAAGCGAUUCGUGCCGGCAUGCAGCCGGGUUUGACGCUCGUCGUUGGUCCACCCGGUACGGGUAAAACCGACGUCGCAGUCCAGAUAAUUUCCAAUCUUUAUCAUAAUUUUCCAAACCAAAGGACGCUUAUCGUCACGCAUUCCAAUCAGGCCUUGAAUCAGUUAUUCGAGAAGAUCAUGGCAUUGGACAUUGACGAGAGGCAUCUGUUGCGUCUCGGUCACGGCGAAGAAGCACUCGAGACUGAAAAAGACUUUAGCAGAUACGGUCGUGUCAAUUACGUUUUGGCGAAAAGACUCGAUUUGCUGAUGGAAGUCCAGAGGCUGCAGGAAUCGCUGGCAGUUCAAGGUGACGUAGCCUAUACUUGCGAGACGGCCGGCUACUUUUUUACCUAUCAAGUUAUGACGAGAUGGAGUCGUUUUGAGUCAAUGAUUAAACAAAGAAGUAGCGACGUUGAUGAAAUACCGGCCUGCAUAAUCGACGAGGAGUUUCCUUUCCAUAAAUUUUUCGAUAAUGCGCCACAGCCGUUAUUUAAGGGAAACACGUUUGAGGAAAAUUUGGUCAUUGCGGAAAGUUGCUAUAGGUAUAUCGAAAGAAUUUUCACUAAACUUGAAGAAUUCCGGGCUUUCGAGCUGCUCAGAUCAGGCCUCGACAGAUCAAAAUACCUGCUCGUUAAAGAGGCGAAGGUAAUCGCCAUGACGUGCACCCACGCUGCUUUAAAAAGACGGGAACUAGUGGACAUGGGCUUCAAAUACGAUAACAUCCUGAUGGAAGAGUCUGCGCAGAUCUUGGAAAUCGAAACUUUUAUACCAUUGCUUUUGCAAAAUCCCGAGGACGGAUACAACCGGUUAAAACGCUGGAUCAUGAUCGGCGACCAUCACCAGUUGCCCCCGGUCAUCAAGAACAUGGCCUUUCAAAAGUACUCAAACAUGGAACAGUCGCUGUUCGCCCGAUUUGUGCGGCUAGGUGUGCCGACGGUCGACCUCGACGGCCAGGGUCGUGCGAGGCCGAGUAUUUGCAAUCUCUAUAACUGGCGUUACAAGAAACUCGGCAAUCUCCGUCACGUGGAGAACAGUCCGGAGUACCUUGUCGCGAACGCGGGCUUCCUCUACGACUUCCAAUUGAUCAAUGUCGAGGACUUCAACGGCGUGGGUGAGAGCGAGCCCAGCGCUUACUUUUAUCAGAAUUUAGCCGAGGCCGAGUAUUGCGUCGCCGUCUUUAUGUACAUGCGACUACUUGGUUACCCGGCGGAUAAAAUCAGUAUUCUCACAACGUACAAUGGCCAAAAACACUUGAUUCGAGACGUUAUAAACAUCAGAUGCGCCAGCAAUCCGCUAAUUGGACGGCCCAAUAAAGUAACGACGGUCGACAAGUACCAGGGUCAGCAGAACGACUACAUUCUCCUGUCGCUGGUGAAGACGCGAGCGGUCGGUCACCUACGCGACGCUCGGCGUCUUGUCGUCGCAAUGUCCCGAGCUCGUCUCGGCCUCUACGUGUUCGCGCGCGUCUCGCUCUUUAAAAACUGCUUCGAGCUCACCCCGGCAUUCGACCAACUUAUGCGCCGACCGCUCAACCUCGCCCUACUGCCUACGGAGAGCUACCCGACUGAGAGGCUCAAUAACGAGGAGGUGAAAGACGAGUCCCUGGAGAUCCAGGAUAUGCCGCACAUGGCCAAAUUCGUCUACGACUUUUAUCUUAAUAAAGUUAAUAUGAAGGAGGAGGCUCGGCAGCAGGAGUGGAUGAACGUUGAUAUUAAAUCGUCGAGUCCCGAUCAUUUCGUUCACGCUCAUCCUGGGGCGGACGACGACUCCGAUGAAGACAUGGAGAAACCAGUAUCUGAAAAUAUUGUGGCAGAAGGGAAACGGGAAUUGGAAAAGCAAGACAAUGGUAGUGAACAUAAAGAAACGGCGGUCGUCGUCCCCAUUGAAAAUUUAAUGAACGAAGAUAAAGUUGUGGAAGAGCAGCAAGACAGUCCUAAGGAUGAUGAAGCCGAUAACGACAAUGACGAGGAAAUAUAAAAAUAAAUUAUAUAUUUUUUAAAUAUUGUUCUUUAUUUUAUUUCCACGCUAUCACAAUCGACACUGAUGCAAAGCAGCCGACCAGCAGUCUUCUAUUCUACGCCAUUUAAGCAAACAUUCAUUUGUAAUAUUCUCAUAGAAAACAACGAGCAAUGCGCCACUGAACAAAGAAAAUAACAAAACACCAGCGCGAUAAAACUUUUUU